CAGGCACUGACAAGAGAGCACUCAUUGACUACUUCUCUAAUCAUUAUCUAAUGCUAUCGUCCUUCAGGUGUAAAUGAAACAUCACAAGAAUUAUAAAUCUCCUUCAGCAAGAAUGCUCUUUCUUUCCUGGACGCAAUUCAGAAAAAGCGAAUCCUCCGCUAACCUUGUCUAGCAAAUUUGACAUUAUCGGCCGUACAAUUCAAUAUUGACGAUACACAAGGUCAUGACCUCAAGUUGUUGAGCCCUUACGCUUCUCUGGCCCCCUAGUACGUAACGCACCUUCUGGCUAGACGAAAACCGCUACUCGUUACAGACUGUUUAAAGUCUCUCGCAUCUACAGAACAUCGUCUCACCACAACCGUCAGGCGUAUGUAGCGUAGGUGUAAGGGGUAAACCGGACUAUAAUAACUAGUUAAAUGAAGCAGUACGAAAGGCAACUGUAGUGUUCUUUAUUUGGCGUAAAUGGGUCAGUCUUUAUGUGCUCCUGUUCUAUCCAAGGAAACGAAGAGCUGGCAGAAUGAAAAUUAUAGUGUUGCUGUAUCCAGCAUGCAAGGAUGGCGUGUACAUAUGGAAGACGCUCAUAUGUGUUUACUAGAGCUUCCUGGUGAUCCAAAGGCUGCCUAUUUCUCAGUUUUUGAUGGACAUGGAGGUACAAGAGUGGCAAAUCAUGCAAGUCGUCAUCUUCACGAGAAAAUUCUUGAACAAAUUGAAUAUAGUCGGAACGACAUAAAAGAGGCUAUUCGUCAUGCCUUUCUUUCUAUGGAUGCUGAGAUGCAAUCUGAAAUGACCACAUAUUCUGUUAAAUCAUCGGCACCGAAAUUAGACAGCUCAGUUAAUUUAACAGCUCCUGGUUCAGUUGUAGCAGUGAAAGAUAGUACUGUUGAAACCCACAAUGACAGUACAACAAGCUUCUCUUUGAAAAUUCCAAAUCCAGGUGAUGAAUUGGCUGGAUCCACUGGAAUAAUAGUCCUACUGAAAGAUCAAAUGCUUUACUGUGGAAAUGCUGGAGACAGCCGUGCAGUAUGUAGCAGACGUGGAGUCGCAGAACCUUUGUCUACAGAUCACAAACCAACUCUACGUGCUGAGAAAGAACGUAUUUCUGCUGCUGGUGGUUGGGUCGAUGCAAAACGUGUGAAUGGGAACCUUGCACUAUCACGAGCUUUCGGGGAUUUUGUCUUCAAGCGUAAUCCACACCAGUCUGCCGAAAACCAAAUCGUAACUGCAAAUCCGGACGUUUUUGUUCGACGACUUUCAGUCGAAGAUGAUGAAUUUAUUGUACUGUGUUGCGAUGGUAUAUGGGAUGUAAUGACAAAUCAGGAAGUUGUAAGCUUUAUUCGUCUGCGACUCAGUUAUGGUAUGCUCCCAUCUAAAGUAUGUGAAGAACUUAUGAUGCGAUGUCUAGCACCUGACUGUCAUACAAAUGGUUUGGGCUGCGAUAACAUGACUGUCGUUUUGGUCUGUCUCUUACAAGGACGCCCGUUCUCGGAUUUGCAACGCAAGUGUUCUCGAUCGUGUCCAGCCGGUCCAGCAGCCGAUAUUUUAGGUGCAUGAAGCUAUGGGAAUUUAUCGCCGUGAAUUUCCUUUGUAGUCCCAGCUGAGAGCUUCACCUUGCCACUUAUUUUGAUCUAAUAUUUACAAUAAUUUUUUUACCUAUGUAGUCUUGCAUUUUGUUUCUAAGAACUGUAACCUCACUGCAUGUAAUUAUUUUAAAAAUUCGGUUAAUUCUUGAAAUGAUACUAAAAGUUGUGAGGAUUUACCAUGCUUGUUGGGCGUUAUGCAUUAAUCUUGUUGGUAGAUAGAUGUGUUACAUAACUUAUCAAAUUGAAUGGAAGUUUGCUUAUCUAUCAUAUUGAAUAACACUGCAAUUAACUAUUUGACUUGACUUUUCAAGGAUUUCCGACUGAUAAUCCGUCGUACAAUUUUAACGUACAAAUCUGCAUUACUGCGGAACAUAAGACUAAGCUCUAGAUACCCAAUUGUGUUACCAAUAACUAUCAGUUUUUCAUGUUGGUAGGUGCAGUCCAGGGCAGUAUUUUAACGAGUAUACAAGUAUGAAUUAUUUUUAUUUGAACACAUACAUAUUGGCACAAGAGGGCACCAAAUAUAUAUGCGCCACACAAAACAAUGAGAAUGACAAGAGAAAAAGAAUGUAAGGAGCGUAAGAGAAAAAAAAGAAGAACAAUAACGACCAGAUUAGUGUGAGGUAGUGCAAUAAUAAUAAUGGGGAAAACGGAAAAGUACAACCAGAAGAAAUCUUUCAGUUAAGGAAGACACAACCACUUUUUACGAAGAAAGCAAAAGAAGGUUACAGCAGGAUCGCCAUUGGCUUCUAUUCUGAGCCAUAUCUGAUAACGUCGCACCAUCUCUCGGACCCCAGUCAGGGAGUCGUGAAGGACCAACGAAACUCAGCCCAG